CCGGCAGUGGGCGGGGACAUCGAGAGGCCGGGUCUCAUCGUCACGGGCAGCCCCGCCACUCGGCCAUCGUCUACCUCCCGGAGGCGGCAACCGCUCCUGCUCUGCCCUUACCGGUUGGCGGGGCCAGCUGCGCCUCGUUUCUUUGUUGACCAUGGGGGACCCCAGCAAGCAGGACAUCCUGACCAUCUUCAGGCGCCUCCGGUCGGUGCCCACCAACAAGGUGUGUUUUGACUGCGGUGCCAAGAAUCCCAGCUGGGCCAGCAUCACUUACGGGGUGUUCCUGUGCAUAGACUGCUCGGGGUCACACCGCUCGCUUGGCGUCCACCUGAGUUUUAUUCGAUCUACAGAGUUGGAUUCUAACUGGUCUUGGUUUCAAUUGCGAUGCAUGCAAGUUGGAGGAAAUGCUAAUGCAUCUUCCUUUUUCCAUCAACACGGGUGUGACACCAACGACACCAAUGCCAAGUACAACAGUCGCACUGCCCAGCUCUACAGGGAGAGAAUCAAGGGGCUGGCCUCCCAGGCAACCCGGAAGCAUGGCACUGACCUGUGGCUUGAUAGCUGUGUGGUUCCACCUUUGUCCCCUCCACCAAAGGAGGAAGACUUUUUUGCCUCUCAUGCUUCUCCUGAGGUGAGUGGCACAGGGUGGGCAUCAGCAGAACCAGAACCAUCUUCUUUAACACCAGGGAACGUGGACGCUCCUCCAGCAAACAAUGAAGGUGGACCAGAACAAGGACCAAGUGUGGAAGGUCUUAAUGUACCAACAAAGGCUGCUUUAGGUGAGGUUUCCUCUAUCAUAAAAAAGAAACCGAAUCAAGCUAAAAGAGGACUUGGGGCCAAAAAAGGAAGUUUGGGAGCCCAGAAACUGACGAAUACGUGCUUUAAUGAAAUUGAAAAACAAGCCCAAGCCGUAGAUAAAAUGAAGGAACAGGAAGACCUUCUGGCCAGGGCGGCACCUAAUGAAGAAUCAGUUGUGUCAUCAUUACGAUUAGCCUAUAAGGAUCUUAAAAUUGAAAUGAAGAAAGAUGAAAAGAUGAACAUGAGUGGCAAAAAGAAGGUGGAAUCAGAGAGACUUGGCAUGGGAUUUGGAAAUUGCAGAAGUGGUAUUUCGCAUUCAGUGACUUCAGAUUUGCAGACCAUUGAACAGGAAACGCCAAUCACAGCAAAACCAAGAAAAAAGCAUAGUGAUGACAGUGAUGACUCGUAUUUUGCUUCCAGCUCAAGGUACUUUGACGAGCCAGUGGAGUUAAGGAGCAGUUCUUUUUCUAGCUGGGAUGACAGUUCGGAUUCCUACUGGAAAAAAGAGACCAUCAAAGACACUGACAUAAUUCUGAAAACCACAGGCUACACAGACAGACCUGCUCGCCGCAAGCCAGACUAUGAGCCAGUUGAAAAUACAGAUGAGGCCCAGAAGAAGUUUGGCAAUGUCAAAGCCAUUUCCUCAGAUAUGUACUUUGGAAGACAAGCCAAAGCUGAUUAUGAAACCAGGGCCCGGCUGGAGAGGCUUUCGGCAAGUUCGUCCAUCAGUUCGGCUGAUCUGUUUGAUGAGCAGAGGAAGCAGACGGCAGGAAACUACAACCUCACGAGCAUGCUGCCCACGGCCCCCGACAUGGCCCAGUUUAAGCAGGGAGUGAGAUCCGUUGCUGGAAAGCUCUCCGUCUUUGCUAACGGAGUCAUGACUUCGAUUCAGGAUCGCUAUGGUUCUUAAUACUGACGUUGCGAUAUGUAUUUCCUGGAGAAAUUCCUCUUUAAAUGAACCAGUGACCACAUCACAGACUGCAGUGAAGACCAGCCAGUUUUGUGGAUUGUUUCGCUACUUUUUCACAGGGUAUACAUACAUUACUGAUUUUUAAUAUUUCUUUUGAGAAAUUGUUAUUUUUGAUGUAGUAGAAGCUUCCUUGCGAUUUCUGUUUUGCGUGACUACGUGCACACACCUUCCUUCUGGCAUAUCCGUGCACACCCCUGCUUUAUUUCCUUGGACUCUUUGGUUUCAACAGCUGGGGGUCUGGAAACAAGGGCUCCUCCGCCUCUCCUUGGGGGCGGUGGGGGUGCGGUCAGUGCUGUGAGGCUCAUGGGCUAAGGGUUACCAGCGUCAGCUGAUACGAGAAGGGCCUGGAGAAACAAAAUUCACAACGUAUAUUUCAUUAAAAAGGGAACAAAGAAUAAAAACAAAAGACCAAAAAUGGCUGGUGUCUAAUUUGACAGAUUGCUUCAUUUAUAUUUCCACAUAUUAAGGUGAUUUCAAAAUAAUGUUUAAAGACGUCUGUCCCUUUGAAAUUGUUUAUUUUGGAUGAUCGAUAAAUUUAAAAAUAAUUUUCAGUGAGUGCUUUUAACAGCCUAAUCUUCUACAUUGCCAAGCAAAUUAAUCUUUUGACAAGGUGUUGCUGUUUGAAUUUAUGAGAAAUGUAAGAUGAGAACUCCCUAAGUGCAUUAUAAAUCGAAUAGUGUACAGAAGUAAAAAUGAUAAGGUAAGAAGACACACCCACAGAAAAUAUUCCAGUACAUGGGAAAUAGUCAUUGUAAUUGGGUAGUUUUCUUAACAUUUUUAUCUUAAUCUUGGUUUUCAAAAAAUUACAGAAUGUAUACAAAUGAAUGAAAGAAAAAUAAUUUGGCUGUGUUUUAGACAGCAUUAGAAUAUAUUGUUCAGCACAGGUAAAAUAUAUUUGACAUUUGAUGAACCAGAAAAUGUGGUUUCAACUGAAUAUUUUGUGAAUUUUUCUUAAAAGCUCAAAUUUGUAGACUUCUAAAUACAAUAAACAGUUGCGGCAGAUC